CGUGCCGGCUCCUGAGGGCAGCGCGGGGCACUUCCUGCUCCCGGCGCUCUCCGAGCUGCCAUCGGGUCUGCCCGCCCACCGGGCCGCUAUUUUGUUGACAUGUUGUCUCCACUUCAUUGUGGGUCCUUCUUUUUUGCCCUCUCGCGCCUCUCUCCUACUCGCGCGCUGCCGGUGGUCUGGCGGCGACGGUGACGCACGGACUGCGCCCCGGGUCGCGGCAGGACCACUUAGCGGUCCUGUUCUACAGGGCCCUCCUCGCCCCCUUCGAACCUGUGGGUUGGGCGGGACACGUUGCUCAGGUGUGGGCACCUUUCGCGAUAGUAGUCGGACUGCCGCGCCACCCGAGUGCCCAGCGUGUUGGCACCUUCUACAAGUGCCGGGGACUUCCUUCGGACUCUUUUGGAUCAUCAGAAAUACACUUUCGGGAAAUGGCCUCUAAAUCUUGGCUGAAUUUUUUAACCUUCCUCUGUGGAUCAGCAGUCGGAUUUUUUUUAUGUUCUCAGUUAUUUAGUAUUUUGUUGGGAGAACAGGGUGACACCCAGCCUAAUAUUCUUCAUAAUGAUCCUCAUGCUAGGCAUUCAGAUGAUAAUGGACAGAAUCAUCAAAAAGGACAGAUGAACUUCAAUGCAGAUGCUAGCCAACAUAAAGAUGAGAACACAGACGUCGCUGGAAACCUCUAUCAGAAGGUUAAAAUUCUUUGCUGGGUUAUGACAGGGCCUCAAAAUCUAGAGAAAAAGGCUAAACAUGUCAAAGCUACAUGGGCCCAGCGUUGUAACAAAGUGUUAUUUAUGAGUUCCGAAGAAAAUAAAGACUUCCCUGCUGUGGGGUUAAAAACCAGAGAAGGCAGAGACCAACUAUACUGGAAAACAAUUAAAGCUUUUCAGUAUGUUCAUGAUCAUUAUCUAGAAGAUGCCGAUUGGUUUAUGAAAGCAGAUGAUGAUACAUAUGUUAUACUAGACAAUUUGAGAUGGCUUCUCUCAAAACACAACCCUGAAGAACCCAUAUACUUUGGGAGAAGAUUUAAGCCCUAUGUAAAGCAGGGUUACAUGAGUGGAGGAGCAGGAUAUGUAUUGAGCAAAGAAGCCUUGAAGAGAUUUGUCGAUGCGUUUAAAACAGAGAAAUGUACACAUAGUUCCUCCAUCGAAGAUUUAGCACUGGGGAAAUGCAUGGAAAUUAUAAAUGUAGAAGCAGGAGAUUCCAGAGAUACCACUGGGAAAGAAACUUUUCAUCCCUUUGUACCAGAACACCACUUAAUCAAGGGUUAUCUACCUAGAACCUUUUGGUACUGGAAUUAUAACUAUUAUCCUCCUGUAGAGGGUCCUGGUUGCUGUUCUGAUCUUGCAGUUUCUUUUCACUAUGUUGAUCCUACAACUAUGUAUGAGUUAGAAUACCUCGUUUAUCAUCUUCGUCCAUAUGGAUAUUUAUACAGAUAUCAACCUGCCUUACCUGAGAAUAUACUAAAGGAAAUAAAUCGAGCCAACAAAAACGAAGAUCCAAAAGUAAAAUUGGGAAACCUCGAAAGGAAAACAUAAAUGAACAGAGGUAAAAUGUCUCACAUUGCACUGAAGAAGAACUUCUGCAUUUCUGAUAAAGAACACUGGAAUUCCAGUGAGGAAUUCUUUCUGAGUGAACAUUCCAUAUUAGAAAUCUUUCAUAUAAGUGACUGUAAACUGAAGCUUUAAUGAGCUGCAAAAUCUGUUAAAAUGUGUUUUGAUACAGUAAUAUAUAUAUGUGUAUAUAUAUAUAUGUAUAUGAAAAACUUGUGUUUUUAUAAUGAUGGCCAGGCAGAGGGACUAGAAAAGAGAUUUUGUUGUCUGUUCCUGACCACAUGUAUUAUUUUCACUGGGAAAUAAAAAUAGUUAAAUUUGCUAAAACUGCAAUGCACCAUGUUAGUAACACACACGAUGCUGAACAGAUCUGCCUUAAAGAAAAUUUUAGAAGGAAAUAUUGUUGCUCAGUGUUGUUUAUAAACUCAAGACAUGAGUUUAUAUUUGCAGUAUGACACAAAUGAACCAAACUUCCCCACACAUACCCAUGUGCAGUUUUUGGCUAAUCACCAUUUUGCUGUUACUAUUUAUAAUUGACAGUAUUUCUUCCAGAAGAAGGUAGAAUAAGAAUGGCACUUGUCCUAAAGUGCAUUAAUAAAACCACAUUUUGAAAUUGUCAUGGGCCUUGACUGUAUUUUAUAUAUAUUUGGUUCUAAUUAAUCUUUUACAGGCAUACCUUGUUUUAUUGCGCUUUGCUUUAUUGUGCUCCAUAUAUGUUACAUUUUUUACAAAUUAAAGGUAAGACCUCCACAAGCAAAAAGAUUACAACUCGCUUUAUUGCGAGACUACUUUAUUGCGGUGGUCUGGAACUGAACCCACAAUAUCUCUAAGGAAGGUAUGCCUAUACUGAGUCCCUGCUGUCUCUUCUAAAUGUGUUUAACCAUUCUUGGAUACCAUUUUCAACUAUUAAUAUUUAUUUACUCAAGGCAUUUGGUAAAUAUGGAUUUUUAAAUAUUUUGUUCCCAUAUCUACCCAUUAUUAAUUAUGGGUAAUUAAUAAAUAGUAAAUCUGUGCUAGUUGGAAAUGCUUUUCUUAUAUCAGUGCCACUCUCAGGAAUUACUAAGCGACAUUUUUAAUCAAUUAUUUAAAACUUUCUAACUACAUAGUUACAGUUCCUUUCAUUCUCAUCCUGUUGAGAGAUGAGAACUUGUUUGUGCCUUUCAUAACUUGUUUAAAGCAGAGUUUUGAAAUUCAUUUUUAGCAUCUGAGAUGGCUAUUAGUUACUGGCAAAAUAAUAUGAAUGCAAGAUUUUGACCAGAGUUAAUUAAAUAAAUUAGAAAAUGCAGAAUGCUUAAACGAGUUGAAAUAUGUCAGCUGUUAAAAGACCAAAUAACAGCCUGACUUUUGAUGCUGACUUACUAUUUAGGGAUGAUUGUUUUGUCAGUGGGUAGAUAAUUCACACUGAGCAGAAUACCCAUUCAAGACUGUCAUCAAAAACACAUUCAUAAAUGUUUUGUUCCAAUUUAGUGACCCUCUAAAGAAUUUCUGGAAGGAAAAAAAUGUUUUAUUUUUUGUUAUCUUUAGCAAUACUAUCUGAGUGUAUCAUAAAAAAUAUUUUACAGAUUUUCUAUAAGAUUAUCUUAAAUGUUACAAACAAUUUACAUUUAUGCUUAUCAUUAUGCUUAUUUUACAUGGCUAUCAACGCCAUUGACUCUGCUGCUUAGCUAAAUAGUUUAUAUUUAUUGUGCCAAAACAUGUCAAAACCACGACCUCUUUGGAUGCUAUAUUUGAGAGGAUGUUCAUCUUCGUGGUUAAUUAUGGAUAUUCUGUCCACAUAGUGAAAACUCACACCAAUUUUUACCUAUUAAAUUGUUUACUAUUGUUUUCAUGGUGGUAUCAUCUGCCAAAAUUAAGGCAUUUAUUCUAUUCUUUGAACAGUUCUUCACCUUGGUGUGGAUAUGAAUUUAUUUGAGUCCAUAUAUGCUACUUUUCUCUACUAGAAGUAUAAAUGGUUUAUCAUAAACAUCCAAAAACCUUAAAAUUUACUCGUAGGAAAUUAACAUUGUGAUGAAUCCUGUGGUCUAGCGUCAGACUGCCUGGGUUUAAAUUCUUGCUCCAUCACUUAUAGUUUUGUAACCUUCAGCAAUUUACUUAAUAUCUCUGUGCCUCAAUUACCUCAUCUAUAAAUUAGGGACAGUAAUACUACCUACCUCACAGGAUUCUUAUGAGGAUUAAAUGAGUGAAUAUACAUAUGGCUUUUAGAAUACUGUCUGGCCCAGAGUGUGGAGCAAUAAGAUUAAGGUUUUAUUAUUCUCUUAACUUGGAGUAUAAGUAUUUGUUUUCAAUGAAUGAAAAAUCUGCUUUAAUCAAAUCAAAUAUUGAAGGAAAUAUUUUGUACAUUUCUUAUAAGUAAUAGCUAGUUUUUAUCUGGUGCCUACUGUAUGUCAAGUACUGUGUUUAGAUAGUCUGUGUACAUUAGUGUUAAUCCUCACAAAUUGGAUGUGAUUCCCAUACGAUAGAUGAGAAAACUGAGGCUCAAAGAAUUAAAGUGUUCCACUGUCACAAAAUUGAUAAGUAACAGAGCUAAGACUUAUACUCAAAUCUUGUGUGUUCUUUGUACCAUGUCAGCCUUGAGGUUAGUCAUUUAGCAUUAUUUCUAUUUUUAUUUAUUGACGUGUGACAUCUGAUACAUUGGCCAGUAAUAGUAAAAUUAACUAGAUUGUCAUAGUGCUUCUCAAAUUGUGGUUCAUAUAAAGCUCCCAGGAGCUUCUUAUAAUGCAGAUUUUAAGGCCCCAAUCCCAGAAAUUCUGAAUCUAGUAUGAGGCCCAAGAGUAUGCAUUCCUACCAAGUGUGGUUCCAACCUGUAGUAUCAGCAUCGCUUGGGAACUUGGAAAUGCAGUCUCCCGGGCCCCGUCCCAGACCUACUGAAUCAGAAACUCUGCAGGGAAGACUAGCAGUUAUGUUUAGACAAGCCCUUCAGUUUGAAACCUUUGCCCUAACAUCUGGGUGAUGCAGAUAAUCCUUGAAACAUGCUGAGGAUCACUGCCCCAUAAGUAAGGCAUCUUUCAAAGAUUUAAAUAAAGCAUGUUUUAAAUAUAUGUAGUCCAAGAUUAACUGUAUAAAAUGUAAAAGACUUUAAAGAUGAUUUAAAGGGUCAGUGGAUCAUUCAUUUUGGCAAAAUUCUUUAGCUUCUUCAGAGUGACUAAUAUCAGAGCCCACAGUAAAAUCUUAAAUCUCCAAGUUUAGUAAUUUCACAUUGAGGUAGCAAGGGUUCAUUAAGUACUAAUAAGUACAUACUAAUUCAUUAAAAGCACACUGAAAUGAGUCAUCAGAAAUGUUCACAGUUGUUAGUAAAAAAUUUUACACAGAGGUAGAAAAACACUUUUACAAUAUUUUAUGAAAACAUUUUAAAAACAUUUAUAGAAUUUUUUUUGCUAAUUCAUACUAUCAAAAUUUCAUCACUUUCAAGAAUCAGUUAAUUGUUUUAUAUGACCUAAUAAAACAAAAAAUUCUUCAAGUAUUUGGUAGAUCUCUUGAAACCAGAUUUCAUGAUGAUAAUGACUUACCUUUUAAAUUAAGAUCUCUGUCAUUUGAAUAAAUGAUCUUAGUGUGGUCUUAUAAAGUUUUUGCUAUAUUAUGUUCUCCAAUAAUAGUAUACUUAUAUUUUCAGUUGGGAGGUUCAUAGAUGAUACAAAGCAGAUUGUUGGGCCAGAGUUCAAUUAUUUGUUUUCAAAUACCUUAAAUUUCAGAGAAGUUUUUGUUAACUACUGUAAAAAAAAGUCAAAAAUAAAUUAUUGACCAGUUUUUAAUAUUUUUUGAAAUAUGGUAAUUGGAUUUGAACAUUAAAUUUGCUGACUUUUUUUUCAUAAUUCUUUCUUGAGUAUUGAUUUUUCACUUCCUUGAGCCUAUCAAACCAUAUUAUUACCAGAUUGAGGCUUGAAAAAAAUCCCUCUAUUGAUUAGACCAAGUCUAUCCUUUUAGUCACCAUUUAAGUGUUCAGUUAAUUUAUUGUCUUUGACAGUUUCUGCUUCUUUGUAUUUAUUGCCCUUCUUUAAUUCCUUUAUAACUAAUUUCUGUUUUCUAACUAUUAAUGCUGCUUUCACAUGGUUAAUUUGUCUGUUAUUUGUGAUUAGAAUUUGUAUCACUUAUCAUUUUAUACCUAUUAAUUUUAAUUUUCCAUAUGAGAUUAGAAGUAAAGAUCCAAGAAUAAUGCCUGCUGGUUCUCAGGAUACUUGCCCUACUUAAAAGUCCACAGCUUUAAACAAAUUCUAGAUAUACAACUAUUAAAUGAAGUAAAGUUAUUUGGAUUCCACCACCACCACCUCCUUUUUCUCAAAAACAAACAAGAAACUCACUUUCCUCAUUUCUCUACUUCUUAACAGUAGGCCUGACAGAAACAUACUCAAGAAAUCUGGGGGGCAACCUGUGGUUUAUUUUAUGCUAAACGUAACCUCUAUUGAUUAAGAAAAUGACUUGUUUAUAUAUUGGAGUUGAAAUAUAAUUUUAAUACAGAUUAGAAUAAGAAAUUUUACAAAUUCUCUAGAGAAACCAACUCUAACACUAGUGUUCUAUUUCGACUUCUUUACCUUCUCUAGUUUUCAGUUUAUAUCAGUUUAAAUAACUUUGCAGGGCUCUGCAAAUUAAUAGUCCAUAUAAAGUAUAUUAUUAGAGGGAAACUAAUCUUACUGCUAAGCAGUGUGCUAUAUUACACAGUGAAUAGUUGUGUUUUUGAAUUAAAAAUUAUGUAAGAUAAUAGUAUCAUGAAUGGUUUAAAAAUGUCUGGUGACUUGCUUAUUUUAAGUGAUCACCGAUAAGUCAGAGAAAUGUAUUUUUAAAUAUGUUUCUUAAAGUGCCUUUUGAACAUUUUUAAAGUGGAUUUAAACAACUGCAUAAAAUAAAUUACCAUGUUUAAAA